GAAGCGAACAAUUUUAAUUGAAAUUUAAUUGGGUGAACGGUUCGAACGUUGCCACGUGUUAAAUGAAAUGGAGUUAUUAAUAUUGAUAAAUAACGAUAUAUAAAGAUACAAAAUAGUUUGAGCACGAUGGUGAUGGCGAGGAGAGUGUAUCGUCGUGUCGGAUGUUUCAGUAUUAAAAGAAAAAUCCCGAUUAAUUUUGAAGAUAGCCUGCACGAACAAAACGAAUUGAUAUAGCGGUCCAAUGGUCGAGUAAACUGUCGAAGGGCGGGCCGUUAGAGAAAUCUGUCCAGGAAUCGGAAGCGGAAGCGAGCAAGGUCAGCUUGAUAAGCUUGGUUUUUCGCAUUUCCUUCGAACAGGAACAGAAUCUACGUAGCAUAACGAUAAAUGUCACCGGCUUCAUUAUACCCAAUGGGACAUUUUCUUAGAUACUGCUUGCAACGAUCGUUAGAGCCGAAUCGGCAAACCGCGAAAUGAGUCUAAGAAUGGCAAUUAUGUGACUGCUCGGAUGAUAGUACCAGCACCGAAGACCAAGGAGUCUUCUUGGAAAUUCUCAACAUAAAAUUUCACUAUUUCUGAACUGAAAAAAUGUUACGCGUCUACCUGUGCGGAAUGCUGAUGUGAUAGAUGCUAACUUUGAAAAAAAAACUAUAUUUAAAAAUCAACUCUAUCGUGCGUGUAACGAUGAAACUAAAUAAGAACAUUUUCUUUGAAUUAUUGCAACAUUCCUACUCGGAGAAAGAUACGACGGAAAAUACGUUGACUUUAGUGUUCGAUGUAAUAUAUAAAUACGUAUAGAAAUUGACUGUAAAAUAAAUACGUGUAAAUAGAUAUAUAACGUCUGUUUGAUCUAAGUGAAAGAAUAAAUUUGUUCCUGACUAACAGUUGAUUAAACCGACCGAAGAAAUGCAGGCCCUCGAAGUAUUCGUGAAUUCCACGCCCGAUCCCUGGAGCACCACAUCGUGGAUGGAUAAUUACACCUACUACACCACAGAUAUCACGGAUCUGCAACAGAGGAACCAAUUUGUGCUCCCCUGGUGGAGACAAAUGAUCUGGACGUUAUUGUUCGCGGGUAUGAUCAUCGUUGCCACCGGAGGCAAUCUCAUAGUGAUUUGGAUCGUACUGGCGCACAAGAGAAUGCGAACGGUUACCAAUUACUUUUUGGUGAACCUCAGUAUCGCGGAUGCGUUGGUGUCCACCCUGAACGUCACGUUUAAUUACAUCUACAUGCUGAACAGUCACUGGCCUUUCGGCACGCUCUAUUGCAAGAUCUGUCAAUUCAUCGCGGUGCUUACCAUAUGCGCCAGCGUCUUCACACUGAUGGCGAUUUCUAUAGACAGAUACAUGGCCAUUGUAAACCCGUUGAGGCCUCGUAUGGGGAAAAGAACGACACUGUGCGUGGCGAUCAUCAUUUGGAUCGUUGGGGCUGUACUAUCGUUACCGAUGUUGCUUUUCUAUACAACCUUCACGCAAAAUUACGCGAACGGCGAAGUACGAGUAGUCUGCUACGUCGAUUUUCCCAACAGCGACGACAAUGGUCUCAACUACGACGAAUACCUGUAUAACGUGAUUUUUAUGAUACUCACAUACUUCUUGCCGGUUGGUUCGAUGACGUUCACGUAUGCCAGAAUCGGUUUGGAGCUAUGGGGUUCGCAGAGCAUCGGUGAAAACACAGCUGGCCAAUUGGAGAGUAUACGAAGCAAACGGAGGGUAGUAAAAAUGAUGAUCGUCGUGGUGGUGAUAUUCGCGGUCUGCUGGUUACCUUUCCACGUGUAUUUCAUCAUAGCAUCGUACCUGCCCGAGAUUACGAACAAACCGUACAUCCAAGAACUUUUCUUAGGCAUUUAUUGGCUCGCGAUGUCCAACAGCAUGUACAAUCCCAUAAUCUACUGCUGGAUGAAUUCUAGAUUUCGGAGGGGAUUUGCUCACUUCUUUUCCUGGUGUCCAUGGAUACGCAUCCCGCUGGAGCCCGCGUUAUCGCGAUCAGAAGCCGUAACGUCUCGGUAUAGCUGCACCGGAAGUCCUCAGACACACACUAGGAUGUCACGGAACGGCACAGCACGAAUACCUUUGUACCUGCAAUCAGCUAGAGGAGGAAAUGAUCGUUUUCUGGCUCAUCAUCGAGGGAGACAAAGGAUAGAUACCUCGCAAACUAGAGGGCAUGUAUCUUGACAGGAGGAGGUAAAUCCUCAGCAACAACGAGUACAUACCUGGAUAUAAAAGUACAUAUCCAAAGCAGCUACCUUCGUCAAGGUUCAAUUGACUCAAGAAAUACAGAAGAGUAAACGCCGAUUCUCUUUUAUUACUCAAGAUCCGUUACUGACCAGAACGAAAGCUCAAAUAUUGUUGGCACCACACGAUAUAAACAUUAAUUAUCUGCUAAUGAAUAAUUCGAGUUUCUGUUUUGAUGUAAAUACCACUGAAUCGAGCUUCAAAGCAGUGUGAUGACGACAGAUAAUCGCGUUAGAGUUCCUCCUCACCCGCAUAUAUUUCACAUUUAUUUAGUACAAACAUAUAAUAUA